UUAUGUCAUUUUGUUAGUUGGGUGUGAGUGAAGAUAUUCCAACUCCGUGGGAGUCAGUGCAGUUAAAUAUCCACGGUUUAACGACGUGGUCUGCUUGAAACAACAUUUGUGGAGAGAUGAUUAAGCCAUAGGGAAAGCUCUGACGUGGUUAGAGACGUGGCAAGCAUAUUAAGGACUUUAGAUUCAAGCAGACAUCAUGAACCAAGAGGAACUUUUGGCGAAACUAAAGAAGGACGUUCGCUCAAUACUCACUUCAUCUAAGCUGGCCUUGGAUCCUGAUCAGCUCAGACGAGACUAUGUUACAGUGGUGGGACAUCCAAUGCCCCUGAAACCUUUGGGCUUCAGGAAUGUUAUGGAUAUGAUUCAGGAGAUGCCAGAUGUUGUUUCUGUUAACUACAGUCAAGAUGGUAGUUUAUAUUUAAAGGCUGUGAGUGAUGGGAAAACCCAGAACAUUGAAGAGCUAGUGGCCAGGCAGCGGACAUCUAAGUCUGACAAGGUCAAGAAAUUUGCUCCUACUUGUUACUAUCACCGGCCUCCUUUUACAGUUCUCUCAAGAAGAGGUCGCCUUCCUCCUGCCCUCCCUGCCCAUCUGAGGGCACAGCUGCGAAAUCUGCUCUCCCAGGGUCCACUUAGGCUGUCUGAGUUAGAAGCCUGUUAUAUGCGCUGUUAUGGCUACCCACUCCGCAUCCACAACUAUGGUUUCUACUCCAUUGGAGAGAUGCUAGAGGCAGCGAGAGACAUGAUCGCAAUCCAGCAAGGGAGGCUGGGCUCGGUUCUGUUGCUGAAGGAGCACAUGCUACCCAGGCCGCUCAUUAGACCGUUCAGCUCACCAAGGAGAACUGGGCCGAUAAAGCCACCAUCAGUUUACUCUCACGGGCCAUCGCUCAAAAACUCUGCCAUCAAAGUUCCUGUGCCAACAGAACCUCCAGUGAGGCAGAGUCCUUUGGAACCACCUAAGACAGCUUUGGACCCUGACCAUGAAGUGUCACAUGGCAGUUGGAAACUGGGGAUGGGGGAGAAGAGCCAUGGUUCUAAACCAGCGCCCUGUGAGGACGGUGGGCUCUUUCAUCAAAAUGUACUUAAGCUUGAAGAGGAGCUUCAACAUCAGAUCUUGGAGAACAGCAUCGCAGGCACCGUUAGUCAAGAGCUGAAGGAGAAGCUACGAAAGGUUGUUGGUGAGACGAGUGGUGGACUGUCAGUUCAUCAUCUCCCUGCUGAGUACAAGAGGCAUUUUGGAGAAGACUUGCCAUUUUUACAGAGUGGUUUUCUCAGUGUAACUGAACUUGUUGGUGCCCUGAGUGACAUUUUCCACCUAAAACCGGCAGAGGACAACGACGGACACAGUUGGAUCGUAGUAGCCUUAAGAGACUGUGAUAACAUGCAACCAGGUUCAGCAGAAAAUAAUGGAAGUACCGACUGUGUUAAGCUGCCAUCUAAUAGCUACUACUUCAGCUUAGAAGAAUCUCCAUGGGAAAAGGGAUGCAACAAUAUCCCGUCAGAUAGUGAGAAUGAGUUGGAGUCCAGCAAAGUGUCUAAGGUUCAGGAAAUGAUGCCGGAGAUUUACCCGGCCAUGGAGGUACGUUGCAGAUCCCCUGUGCCCCUGGACGCCAUGCAAAAUCAGCGUCUCAAACCGCCGACCCGCCGCUGGCCUCGAGAGCUGGUAGCAGUCUUUGUGGAGCAGGUGGAGUCGCCAGGAUCCUUCUACGUUCGGUUCAGUGAGACGGAGGAGGCGUGUGCUUUGGAGAGCUUAAUGUUUGACAUGAGGCGUUGUUACAGCUGUCCUGAAGUGUCAGAGCGGUACCACCUUCUCGACCCGUUCAUUAGACGGGGUCAGGUCUGCUGUGUGUCACCCAGUGGAAAAUGGUUCUACCGAGUGGUGAUCCACAGAGUUGUAAACUCGUCUCAUGUUGAGGUGUUUUAUGCUGACUUCGGUGAUGUGACAUUGGUCCAGACUUCCGACCUGAAGUUCCUCAAGUCCAGUUUUUCUGUACUUCCAGCACAAGCAGUUCCUUCAUCACUCGCUGGAAUCAAGCCAGCUUCAGAUAACUGGACUGCAGAAUCGACCGUGUCCUUCCAGAAACUGUGCUCUGAUCGCACCCUAGUGGGCGCUCUGGACUGCUACACUGGAGAUGUGCUGCAGCUCUACGUGUGUGACACACACACCGAAGAGGACAUCUAUGUACACACAGCCCUGAUUAACCAAGGCCACGGCGUCACCUGUAGUCCUGCAACUGCUACAGCAUUGUGUGCCAAGGUCACACCAGUGAGUCUUUACAUGGGAGAGGGCAUGGUUGAGCUCCCAGAAAUUGACGAGGAGCUGAUUUUGUCUUUUAAAUCCAGAGACGCUUCUGGACAGUCCGAGGAGGCCUCAGUAAAGGUUGAUGAUGAAGAGAUGCCCCCUCUGGAACUGAUUGAGGAGAGUGAAUUCAUCCAUCAGAUUCAGGUUAAGGAACCCACCCCAUGCAGUGGCCUUCUAACUGAUCAAAACCCCAGCUGCUGUGAACAAGACGUGGCCUCCACUGAUGAAUCAACAUUACAAACUUCUUCUCCACUCGCACCUCCAGACCUGAUCCAGACUAGGAACACCGCCGCUCUUUGCCAAACUGAAACAAAAGCACUGGACACCAGGUCUCCACCAACUUCACCCAGCUCUGACUCCAGCUCCUGCUGUGCUCAAGAGGAGGUCAAACAAUCUCCGAAAGUCACAACCUUCUCGUUUGCUGGACCAUCCUUAAUCCUAAGGACACUGAACCAGAGCUGCACCAAAGGUGCACCAAUGUCUCCCCUCUUUCUGCGAAACUCUGGCAUCCCGUUUCCUCUGUUUGGGGCCAGGUAGGCAGCGAAUCCUGCAUCUAAACAACUUCCAUACCAACUGAAUAAAAACCAUGAAGAUGAAGGUCAUCUAAUUAUUCUGUCAAAGAAGACUCGAGUUAUGUAGUUUUGAACAUUUUUAUGAGUAGUUUUAUAUGUAGAAUGGUAAAUCUGUUAAAUUCUUUUUGUCAGUGCAUUUACUGCUGUUUUCUAACAGUUACGGUAAACUGUACGUAUUAUUUGUUUAUUUUCAUACAUACAAAUAACCUUACAAAGGCUUCUUGUUUAAAAUAAGAUACUUUAAUUUUCUCAAGCUGUUAGUGGCUGACUUUUCUUAUGAAUAUCACUAUUUCUGUUAGGGACAAAGUUAAAACGGUUCAAAGUUCUGUUGGAAAUUAUAAAACAAAACACUAGUCAUGUAACAUGGAAUUUGUUUUGAAAAAUAAAUUUUGAUAUAGAACAUCUAA